UGCAGAGCGCCGCCGCACGCCGGGCCAGCGGAGCGGAGCCGCAGCGGAGCGGGGCUCACGGAACACGGCGGCGGGGCCGGGCCGAGCCGUGCCGGGCUAGGGCAGGGCAGGGCAGGGCAGGCUCGGCGGAGGGGCCGGCUCUGGCUCCGGCCUCGGGGCGCUCUCCCCGGCCCCUGCCCGCCCGCACCAUGCCGCGGCGGCGCGGCUGCCUGCCGCCCCUCGUCUGCACUUUAGCCGCCCUCAGCCUGCCGCUGCUGCUGGCCGCCGAGCCCCGCGCCAAAAGUUGCUCCGAAGUGCGGAGGCUCUACGCCGCCAAGGGCUUCAGCCAGAGCGAGGCGCCCAGCCACGAGAUCAGCGGUGACCACUUGAAAGUCUGCUCGCAAGCCUACACAUGCUGCUCUCAAGAAAUGGAAGAGAAGUACAGUCAACAGAGUAAACACGACUUCAGAAAUGCCGUUGUAGAGCUUAGCAAUCACUUACAAACAGUGUUUAGUUCUCGAUACAAGAAGUUUGAUGAGUUCUUCAAAGAACUUCUUGAAAAUGCCGAGAAGUCGCUGAACGACAUGUUCGUGCGGACGUACGGCCGGUUGUACAUGCAGAACUCGGAGCUGUUCAAGGACCUCUUCGUGGAGCUGAAGCGGUACUAUGUGGGUGGCAACGUCAACCUAGAGGAGAUGCUCAAUGAGUUCUGGGCACGCCUGCUGGAGCGCAUGUUCCGGCUGGUAAACCCACAGUACCACUUCACGGACGAGUACCUCGAGUGCGUCAGCAAGUACACAGAGCAGCUGAAGCCCUUUGGGGACGUGCCACGCAAGCUCAAGCUACAAGUGACGCGAGCAUUUGUGGCGGCCCGCACCUUCGCGCAGGGCCUUGCCGUCGCAAGGGAUGUUGUGAGCAAAGUGUCUGCGGUGAACCCCACACCACAGGGUACAAGAGCACUGCUGAAAAUGAUGUACUGCCCGCACUGCCGAGGUCUGGUAUCGGUGAAGCCCUGUUACAAUUACUGUUUUAAUGUCAUGAGAGGCUGCUUGGCCAACCAAGGGGAUUUGGACACCGAGUGGAAUACCUUUAUGGAUUCGAUGCUGCUGGUAGCAGAGAGGCUGGAGGGGCCUUUUAAUAUUGAGUCAGUCAUGGAUCCCAUUGAUGUGAAAAUUUCAGAUGCAAUCAUGAACAUGCAGGAGAACAGCAUGCAGGUGUCUCAGAAGGUUUUCCAGGGUUGUGGCCAGCCAAAAACACUUGCACAAGGUCGAACCGCUCGCUCUGUCUCUGAAAGUGGUUUCAGCGCUCGCUUUAGACCAUACAACCCAGAGGAGCGGCCAACUACAGCCGCUGGCACGAGUUUGGACAGGCUGGUUACUGAUGUAAAAGAAAAGCUGAAGCAAGCCAAAAAAUUUUGGUCAUCUCUCCCUGGCAACAUUUGCAACGAUGAAAAGAUGUCUGUAGGCACUGUCAACGAGAACGAGUGCUGGAAUGGGAGCGCCAAGAGCAGAUAUGACUUUGCAGUGACUGGAAACGGCUUGGCAAGUCAGGUGAAUAACCCAGAGGUGGAAGUCGAUAUUACCAAGCCAGACAUGAUGAUUCGCCGGCAAAUCAUGGCUCUGCGGGUGAUGACCAACAAGCUGAAGAACGCAUACAGUGGGAACGACGUUGACUUCAUUGACAUCAGUGAGGAGAGCAGCGGGGAGGAGAGCGGCAGCGGCUGCGAGUUCCAGCAGUGCUCCCCGGAGUUCGAGUUCAAUGCAACUGAAGUUACUGGAAGCUCCAACAAGAGUGAUAAAAAAGCGAACACUUCUGCCGCUACCAGUAGCGGUUUAUCACAAGCAGCCUUGUUCCUUAGCAUUUUGUUCUUGGCCAUGCAAAGACAAUGGAGAUAAUUGUGCAGCAUAGGGGGAAAAAAAGACUUAUUAUCAAAGUUAGAAGGCACCUGCUUUCACUUUUAUACCAUCUAGUGACUUUGCUUUUUAAGUUAAUGGACAACAGUGUACAGUUUUUACUAUGUUGCCACUGGUUUUAAGAUACUGAUUUUUUUCCCUUGCUAUUCUGGGAAUAACAGGAAUGGGGCCUACCAGUCUGUCCUGUUCACCAAGAGUCCAUGAUAGAGGUGGAUAACAGAAAUGUAUAUACAAGCCUGUAGUUAGCUCUGCAUUUGUCUUUAUCACUUUUUUUAUUUUUUAUUUUUAUUUUACCACAUUUCUUACAAAAAGAAGAAACCCAGGGUCCUUUCUUGGCAUGUAACAAGUAUGUGUUUCUGAAAUGAGAAAUAUCUGUACAGAAGCAGGUUUUAUUUAUCAUGUUUAUCUUAUGGGGAAAAAAUAAUUACCAAACAAGCAGAAAACAUGUUUCAUGUAGUUAACUUCCCAUUUAUCCACGUAAUGUUAGUUGCCUUGUCUGGAAAAAAGUGGAAGUAAUUUGUCUUUAUUAUGCAGCGAAACAACACGAAGACAGAACUGGUCAGUGUGCCAAGUGCCCCAUUUGCAUAAGGUGGUAAUGCCAGGAGCAGGCUGUACUUUCUUUACAGGAUGUUUGGUUAAAUUGGAAGAGACUACAGAAAAUUCCAGUUUUGCAGAUGCUAAGAAGAAUUAUCAUUCGUUCCCCAGGAUCCUUGCAAUUAGCUGUAACUCAUGUAGGUCAGUUCCUGAAGUGCAUCUCCAGUGGGAAUAAGGCAUUAAACUUGUUCGGUUGGAAGCAA